AUGGAUGAUCCAACUGGUCAUUCAAGUCCGGAGCCUCGCACAACGCGUCCCCUUUAUCCAGAUCUGCCUUCUGCAUAUGCACAGAUCCAGGGCCGCAGAACUGCAAGUCUCCAGCCAGUCUCGUCAAGCAGGAGAGCAACCCGGUUCCCUCUGAGCUCGUCAAGCUCGUCUUCUGAAGAUGAAGAUUACGAACAUCUGCCCUCUGAGAAUGAUGCCAUAGCACUGAAAAACCUACCGUACCGAAAAGUCCAUUCAGCUCAGGGUAUUCUGCGGAAAGCUGUUUAUCACCAAGCGUCUAGCGCAGUGCUUGAGACAAACCUGGACAACAGAGAUCCUGACCUAGACUGGAAAAGAGGCUCGACCACCUUGGAUGACAUUGUCUCUCAAUAUGCAGAUGCCAAUCUCACAGGCUAUCAGACGCACAAUAUCAGGACUGACGAUGGGGCGUAUGUUGAGCCGGAGCCAUUGAAUUGUGUCACAGGCAGCGAGUCGGCAGACGAUACCGCUUGCUUUGGAACUCCAAAGACACGUCAAGGUCAUGCGGUCUCUGUGAAUCAAAUCCAUGAGCCUUAUCAGCAUCGUGCAGAGAACCAACUCCCUCGAAACCAUGAGAGCUUUGGUGCAAUUGAUGACGACGAUGAGGAAUGGGUAACAGAACCAGAGACUAGCCGCAGUGGCUUCCUGACUCCUUCAAAACUGCGAUUUCGUCUGGCCAAAAGAGGGACUGCAGACACGUCUGAUACCACUUUGACCGGCAGAGGAAUUCCUGCGUCACCCUGGGAUCCGCUCUCGAACGCAAAACAAUCUGAACGGCGUCCCCAACAACAAUACAAAGGUCCUUUGAACUCGAAACGCCACCAUCAUUCUCCUAGUCAAAAACCAUACAGAGAGACAGCCCUAGGGUGCAGACAGCCGCUUCACAAGGCAUCGUCAACUCUUAAAACAGGUGGUCAAGUUGCAGACGCUGGUGAACGAGUCUGUCGUCUGGAUUCUGCCGGCGCCCCUGCUGUUAAGGCACAACAUCAUUCACAGCCCAAACUGCGCCCCUUGAAUCAAGUCUCUUCAACACAUCUCACUCCCCUGUCUCAUUCUACACAAUCUGCCACGUUAUCAUCAUCUCGACGUGUUCAGAGCGCUCUCCAAUCGAGUUCAUUACUUCCAAGAAUUCCAGAUGACACUCUUGUAUCAAGCUUUCUCUCCCCAAAAACCAUGACCCUCUCGAACGGUACUCCACGAGCAACAGCAGAGAACACUCUCACGAUACCCUCAAUCUACGACGACUCCCUCAACACCAUCGCUCCAGAUAUGGAACCCCCUCACUUCACAGACGGGACUCGCCAAUCUCUCAUCAUCCCUGCGAACAACAGAAAUUUCGUUGGUGAACAAGUUGAAGGUGAACAAACUGGGCCAGCGGCUGUUUUUGACAUUUUCGCUUCAUCCUCGGACCAGGGUCUUGUUCAGCGUCGCAAUAUUGAAGGCACGCACAUUGCCAGUGAAGACGCGGAAGCUUUGGCUGCUCGACAGUACAACGAAGGAGGUUACAGAUUCAACGACGCCGACAUCUCUCGAUUUCUCCGAGACAGCCGUAUUCUUCGCCAGAGUCUUGAUGACAGACACAACAAGAAGAACAAUAACGCCAUAUUCGGCCAGCAACGUGUCCUAGUCACCGGGAGCAGCCUAGCUAAUGUGUCAUCCGACUCAACCAUGUUGAACCGUCUUCAACACGCCCGAACCCUUUCCAGCAGUCACUACUCUACCAUUGACGACCCUGCUCGAAUUACCAGUCAAGUCACACGCAAAUUCAAGCAAUUCCUGAGCAGCAGCGGCACUGGUACUGGCACUGCGGACAGCGUAAGCUCCGAGUAUUCGAGCCUCGGAACUGUUCAGAUCCCAACCAACAGCACCUCUCGCUCCCUGAUGCUCCAGGAGCAGGAAGAGAACUUCGACACAUGUGAUGCGAUCAUAUAUUGCCAGCGGUGUCCAUCGUUCCCUCUGAGCUCUGAGAUGCUAGGACUCGUGAGUCUCGAGAACUUGGGCCGUGUCCCAUUUGAGCGCCUACAACUGUCCCACGACGGGAAAUGGCUUGAGAAGGGCUGGUGUUUCCUGCACGAGCGCAUGGAAUACAGCCAUGCUGUCCUCGCUGGCAACGAGGCAGCCAUCAGCGAAGACCUCCGGUCUGUCCAGCGUAAAGCUGGUAGACUGCUGUUGGUCUUGGGCGCGGCGACGUUCUUGGUGGGUGGGUGGACCCUGAUCCACUCGAUCGGAGAGGGAGGCCCUCUGGCCACUUCGGCCAUGGCUGAUUUGACAAGGGUGUUGGCUGGUGGGGAGGAGGGGGUGGUUUGCUGUGUGCAUCCAAGGGAUGCAGCAAUGGCGCAAGCCAUUGAAAAGGCGGCGGUGUCGGUGGUGGUGUUGGUGGUUGUGGGCGUGUUGGCGGUGCUGUCCUGGGCGGCGGCCACCAUUUAG